UUUCUCACAUUGUCACACAGACACUGGAGAUAAGUUCAUGACUGACACGACAAGAGAGCAGCAGCAGCGAUCUUUGUUUGUUUCAAAUCAUCCGGAGAAAGUACAAACCACUGUAUUAGAGUAGUAGCAGACAGCUUUUUCUCUGGUCUAAUCGGGCAAUGAAAUAACCUUACCUAUCCUUGUUCUCUCAAUGGAAACACAGGUACAAGUGAACAUGGCACACAAUGAAUUCAAAGAGCGACCCAAAGAACUGGUGGAGGAGAUCACAGAGGAACAAUUUCUCAAAGAACUCUACCUUUUUAUGAAGAAGAGAGAUACACCAAUAGAAAGGAUCCCACAUCUGGGCUUCAAACAAAUUGAUUUAUUUGUGAUGUUCAAAACUGUCAAUGACUUGGGCGGCUACCACCAGGUGACUGCUCAGCAAUUGUGGAAACAAGUUUACAAUACACUUGGUGGAAACCCUCGAAGUACAAGUGCAGCCACCUGCACCCGCAGACACUAUGAGAAGCUGCUGCUGCCCUAUGAAUGCCACGUGAAAGGCAUAUCCAUCAGGUCCAUGCUGCCUCAUCAUCAGCCAAAGCCAUUCCACUUUGUUGCCGGCUACAGUAAAGAAGAAGACGACGGUGACCAGAGACCAGCGAAACGCAGGCUGGUAUCCGUACCAGUCUAUCAGAACCUUCAUAACCUCCAGACAGACCGACAUGGAAAUCUCUUCCCUCUGUCUCUCCACUACCCUCCCUACUAUCACUCAAGCCAUAAUGUUCUGCCCCCGUAUAUCCCUGUGCCCCCCUCAAUAUUGGCCACACAACACCCCCCUGCUCCCAAGCCCCAAUUUCCUUACAGUCAGCCUUGUCUAAACUCAACAGAGAGGGUGAAGGAACCAUUAGAGCACUUGCGUUACCUGGCAGAGCGGUACAAGACCACAUCCGGGCUGGCUGAGCCCCUGAACCUCAGCGUUAAAGCAUCACCCCAGGACAUCAGCAACAACCCUGUUUCAUCAUUUGCUCCACCUUCAGCCAGCAAGAACCCAAAGUUUUUGAACAAACCAUCCACACUAUACGCCCAUCAUCAUACCGGGACCCUGACAAAUGAAGGCUCUGAGACACAAGAUGGCGAGUCAAGUGAUGGAGUUGCACCCUCUCCUUAUACCAUGAAAGCACAGGAUGAACAAGUCGUUGAUGUCAGUGUUACAGCACCCUCAAGCAGUCCCGUAUAUGACUCUGCUCUGCCACUGGGAACAAAGGCUGCUGCAGUGGCACCAAAACCCUGCUCUCCAAACACAGACCUUGCAGUCAUGCCAAAAGAAGAGACAAAAGUGAUUCCACAAGUGAUGGGGCUCAAUCUUAGUCAAAUACUGCCCAGUCUCCCUCAAGAGAAGGAUGGAAAAAUGGAAAUUGAGAUACCCCUGUCAGUGUUUCAUAAAUUGCUCAAGAUGUGCGAGUCCUCAACAAUGAUGCAUGAAAGUAAGGCUCCUCAGCCUACUCAGGAAGGACACCCUACAGAAAGGAAUUGGCCCAACACAAACACUUUCCCUACCAACCUGUCAUUUCACACGAAUCCCCAACGCCACAGUUCUGCUGAAGAUCUAACCUUCAGAAAUGUGCCAAACCUCACUCGCAACAAUAAAAGCCAAAACCAAUUCAUGAGCUACAAGUUUUUGGCUUCAGGUGGCAUUUUGAAAAAUGCAGUCAGCCAGGAUGUCUUGUCAACUGAUCAGCAGGAUAUUAAUAAGUCAUACAACUCCAAGUCGCCCAGUUUCUGGGAAGCCCAUAAGAGAGAGACCCAGUCAUCCCCCAUUGAAGUGGAAAGCGACUCUAGUCCCCCCAGGACUCAGCAAGACUUUGCUUAUAAAUUCUACUCAGACGUCCAGGGAGGGAAGCAGCAGACGAAGACGGAGUCUUCAGCUAUGCUCACGGUCAAUUCCAGCUCUGCUCCUCUCAUUCAGCUCACCACUGAAGAAGUCAUGAAGCUGAAAAAAAUCAUCUCAAGCUCAUUGUGAAGGCCAGUUAAGACAAUACCACAAGCACACCAACACCAUGUCAAAGCUGACUCAAGCUCAUGUACAUACUGUAUCAUAUUACAGCUCUAUAUUUUGCAUAUACUUCAGCUUUAUUGCCAAUCAAUUUGUAUCAGCUGAACACAAAAAAGGAAUACAAGCAAUCCUUCAAAUCAUUAAGCAGAGCUUGAUUUAAAGAUAAUCUGCACUAUUUUUGUGUGUUCUGCACUGAAAUAUUGAUUGCAUUUAACACUUCAGUCUCAUUGUUGUGCAAUCCUGUUUAAAGCACAUGAAGAAAAAUUUUCUAUUUGUUGAUAGAGUUUUUAUUUUUAUUUUUUUUUACACCAGUUAUAUUGUGAAAUGAAACUGUUGAAAGAAUAAAUUCUUUUUGUAAACCUUUCCCAACUGGAGAAACAGUUUUAUUUUGGAAGAUCUGUAACUGUAACGCUGUGCUUUCAGAUGGAAGAGAUGAGAGGAGAAUUACUCCCAUUAAAUAUAAACAUUUUUCCUUACUA